GUAGUGUGUUUCGGGGGCGGGGACCCGGGCUCUGGCAGCUGAGCGCCGACAUCCAGCACCCGCCUCCGAGCGGCCGGGAUCUGCGUCCCGAGGCAGAGGCCGGAGGGCGCGCGCACUGCUAGAAAGUGCUGGGACCCCUGCACCGCCCUGCCUGCUUGGUCCCGGGGCAGACGCCCCUGCACGAUCGUCGCCCGCCCCGCGGGCGAGGCUGCGGGGGACACCGCGGGGCUCCGGCCGGCUUGCCUUCCUGCCUGCCGUGUCCUGCUGAGCGACCCUGGAACACACAUCCAGAUGCUGGCCCAGCUGCCACAGGGGAUCCCUCUGGGAGACUGAAAGGACAGGUUCUGGGGCUCAAGUUGAGGCUGACCAGCCCUGACCCCAAGGCCAGGGGAAUGGCAGCCCCCUUGGAGCCCCAGGACCAGGCUUCUGGAGAGGGAGAAGGGCUUCUGAUUGUGAAAGUCGAAGAUGCCUCCUGGGAACAGGAAUCCACCCAGCAUGAGGACAGCAGGGAUUCUGAAGCCUGCCGCCAGCGCUUCCGGCAGUUCUGCUAUGGGGAUGCGCAUGGCCCUCAUGAGGCCUUCAGCCAGCUCUGGGAGCUGUGCUGCCGCUGGCUGCGGCCCGAGCUGCGCACCAAGGAGCAGAUCCUGGAGCUGCUGGUGCUGGAGCAGUUCCUGACAGCGCUGCCGGGGGAGAUCCAGGGCUGGGUCCGUGAGCAGCACCCAGGAAGUGGCGAGGAGGCUGUCGCCUUAGUGGAGGACCUGCAGAAGCAGCCAGUGAAAACCUGGCCGCAGGAUGUGCCCUUGGAGGAAGCGGAACCCAAGGCUGCAGGCCAGGAAUCUGAGGCCAAGGGGCCUCCCUCAACAGUAGGGGCACGGAGGCAGCCACCUGUUCCCCAGGAGCAGCACAGCCAUGGCGCCCAGCUUCCUGCUCUUCUUAAAGAGGGGCAAACCAGAGAGCCAAUGGAUACCUGCUUUGUCUCCGGCAUCCAUGGACCUGUGGCACCAGGAGACAUUCCAUUCUAUUUCUCCCAGGAAGAAUGGGGCACCCUGGACCCUGCUCAGAGGGAUCUCUUCUGGGAUAUAAAGCGGGAGAACUCCCGGAACACCACUCUGGGUUUGGGGCUCAAAGGCCAAAGCGAGAGGUCCCGGCUGGAGGAGGUGGUGCCAGCGCUGCCAGGACAGGCGGCCCUGGGGGGCGCGCGACGGGGACGGCCACCCACGCGCCGUCGCCAGUUCCGGGACCUGGCAGCUGAGAAGCCGCACAGCUGCGGGCAGUGCGGGAAGCGCUUCCGCUGGGGCUCGGACCUGGCGCGGCACCAGCGCACGCACACGGGCGAGAAGCCGCACAAGUGCCCCGAGUGCGACAAGAGCUUCCGCAGCUCCUCGGACCUGGUGCGCCACCAGGGCGUGCACACGGGCGAGAAGCCCUUCUCCUGCUCCGAGUGCGGCAAGAGCUUCAGCCGCAGCGCCUACCUGGCCGACCACCAGCGCAUCCACACAGGCGAGAAGCCCUUCGGCUGCAGUGACUGCGGCAAGAGCUUCUCGCUGCGCUCCUACCUGCUGGACCACCGGCGCGUGCACACCGGCGAGCGGCCCUUCGGCUGCGGAGAGUGCGACAAGAGCUUCAAGCAGCGCGCGCACCUCAUCGCACACCAGAGCCUGCACGCCAAGAUGGCCCAGCCCGUGGGGUGAGCAGCCAGCUUGGCCGGAAACUCGGGGGAGGCCCAGCCGUGGCACAUCGUUUCGACCACGGGACUUUCUUCCCAUCUGUGGCCACCUCCCGGGCUGUCCAAGGGACUCCAGGGCACCCUACAUGCAGAGCUUGCCUGCCCUGCUGUGCUCUGAGGACCUGCCCAGCACUCAAAGGGAACGGAAGCCCCCCUCACCUUGUCUUUCCCCCUUCUGCUCCUAGCAUUGCUCCUCCCCUCUAGUCUCCUGGCGCGUCAUCGUUCCUGACGAGCAGCGGCGUGGCCAGGACUCAGGUCUAGGUCCCUUCCCAGAAACCCCCCAGCCUCAUUUGACUGUGGCUCUUCGGCCUCCACCCUCUGGGGUGGGUCCAUGGGUCAGGCCUCUGCCCUGCCAUCCUGUGCCUUUCGGUGGGCAUGAAGGACUGGCCUUGGUCCCCCAGGGGGCUGCUGGGCUUUGGGAUGGACAGUUAACCCACACCUGUGGGACCCCGGGUCUUAGUCACAGCCGCAGGGGCUUUUUGGCCCCACCCACUCCUGUUUCCAGGCUGUGACCACUCUGCCCUGUCCUGGCCACAUGGGCUUGUCCUGCCUUUACCCUUGGCCUACUUGCCCCAGCAUGAGCCUCGAGAGCCAUCUGCCCACCAGUGUGGUCAGGAUAAUGGUCGCUCCAGUGACAACCCUGGAGACGAAGAACAGGGCGUCUGGCUGCCGUCCGCUCCUCUAGAUGGUGCAGCUGCACGGUACUCAGUACUAGCACUCCAUCAGCAGUGGUGCUCCACCCCCUCGGCACUAGCGCCCCGCUCCAUCGGCACCCCGCUCCAUCGGCGCUAGCCCUCCCCCGCUCCAUCGGCAAUAACGCCCCCUGCUUCAUCGGCAGUAGCGCCCCGCUCCGUCGGCACUAGCAACCCCCUCCAUCGGCAACGGCGCCCCGCUCCGUCGGCACUAGCAACCCCCUCCAUCCGCACUGGCGCCCUGCUCCAUUGGCACUUUGCUGCUGCCCCUGAGCACUGCCUUCCAUGGACAGGGACGGACCACAGGCCCUACAAUGACUCAGCCCCGCAGGCCUCCAAAGGGUGACAGAAGAGUUUUAAUAAACGUGGAAACUUCCCUCCAA